AUGAGUGAAUGUUUGAAACAACAAAACCCAGAUCAAGAAUGCAUGGAAUAUGCAAUUAUUUCACAUAACAUUGAUUUUGUAACAUUCUUAGUGAAUGAGUACAACAUAAGUAUCAACGUAUAUUCUUGCAAAAAAUAUAAUAAUCUUGAUUCAUUUUUAGUUUUUUAUGAUCAAACUAAUCUUUUAAACAUCUGCUUGAGGGUUUCACCGAUGUUUAAUAUUCCAUCCCUUUGCGAAUAUUUCCUUUCAUUAGGUGUAGAUGUCAAUAAAAAAUUUUCAGAUGGAGAAACUGCUCUUCAUAUUGCAGCAGAAUAUAAUAGUAAAGAAGCAGCUGAAAUUCUGAUUUCAUAUGGUGCAAAUAUCAAUGAAAAGAAUAACCAUAAGGAAACAGCCCUUCAUAUUGCAGCAUGGUUUAAUAGUAAAGAAACAGCUGAACUUCUUAUUUCAUAUGGUGCAAAUAUCAAAGAAAAAGAUAAAUUUGGAGAAACCGCUCUUCAUAAAGCAAAAAAAUAUAAUAGUAAAGAAACAGCCGAACUUCUUAUUUCGCAUGGUAUUAAGGGUGCAGCAGUAUGUACGUUAAUUUGA